UUAAAAUGUACCGAGUACAGGUCAAAGUAAUCAGGUGCAUUUUCUAACGUUAUUCUAUGUCAACGAAGAAAUAGAGAAGGAGAAAGCUACUACGUUAGGAAGAAGCUACUAAGCAACUCUACGAUCCCUUUGUCUAUCGUCGACAUUACAACGAUAGUAGUAUGUGCACGCUCGUUACACGAUCCGCGUUUACGAGACAGACCGAAUCGAUCGAUAUCGUUGCCACCAGCAAUAGCAGCAAUAGCAGCAGCAGCAGCAGCAGCAGCAGCAGCAGUAGCAGUAACAUAACAACAGCAACGUACCAUCGAGAUUCAUCUGCGGCAUGAAGGUGAUCGAUAACCGCGAAUGGACGUGCCAAGGAAUUUCCGUGGCUUAUCAGAGCAACAGCUGGAGGCGUGCCGCCGACUUCUUUGCUGCGUGGAGAGGGUGUGCAGAAGCGGAAAUACGAUCGACGAGAACGAGCAUAAGAUCAAUCGUGGUCGACGAGGCGCACAAGCGGGCCCCGAACUGGAGGGGCCCUCCGGCGCCGAAGAUGGCAUCCUUCCCAUCACCGUUAGCCCCAGUCCUGCCUCGACCUCUUCGCAGGAGGAUGCCUGCAAACCACCGCCACGCAAUUGCUAUCGCCUCGUCAUGCUCGGUAGCGCCAGGGUCGGCAAGACCGCCAUUGUAGCACGAUUUUUAUCCAACAAGUUCGAAGAGAGUUACACCCCUACGAUCGAGGAUUUCCACAGGAAGCUUUAUAGAAUCAGGGGCGAAGUGCAUCAACUUGAUCUCUUGGACACCAGCGGAAACCAUCCCUUUCCUGCCAUGCGACGAUUAUCCUUCCUAACCGGAGAUUUGUUUGUGGUGGUAUUUAGUAUGGACUGCCGAGAAUCUUUCGAGGAGGCGAUCAGAUUGCGAGAGGCGAUCAUCGAAACGAAGAUGAGCGCAGCCCAAGGAGCGACCAAAAGCAGAAGCAAAAGUCAUUAUAGUUUGAAAGUUCCCAUGGUCAUUGUUGGAAAUAAAUGCGACAAGGAUACAAAAAGCGUCACGAUCGAGGAAGCCGAGGAAUAUUGCGCGAGCCAGGACGAGUGUUGCGUUUUCGUCGAAGUUUCCGCUAAACGGAAUUAUCACGUGGACGAACUUUUCUAUCAGCUCUUCGUCGUGGCCGGUUUACCAUUAGAAAUGGCACCGAAUCAUCAUAGAAAAGUUCCUCUUACCUUUGGCUCACCUACCAUGCUACCGCCCUCACAGCCAAAACACAAGGCAACUCUGAGCAUAAAGCGUCGAUUAAGCGACGCCUGCGGCGUCGUGGCGCCUAACGUGCGACGGCCCAGCAUAAGGACGGACCUGAUGAUCAUGCGAACGAAAACGUGCUCGCUCGCGGCUGGAAACGAAAACAACACACCUGGAUCGAGGAUCAUUUUGAGAUCGUCCGAAGUCGGCAGAACCUGUUCUAUACAGUGAU